AUGAAUGCUUUAUUCCACUCAGUGUUAAGCAAAAGUUGGCCAAUUACUAUACGGCAUAGAGUAAAAAGGAAACACUCGUUUUCAGAUGCAUACAGAAUCGGAAGAAAAUGUAGGGAAGUAGAAACGGAUAGACAUGAAAAUGAAAGCCUUGAAGCGUCCCUACAUCUAGAACAUAAAAACGUGAGCAGCACAAACUUGAUAAACCAUAUAGGAGAUAAUAAAAAGUUAUUACUUUAUACUUUAUGUAAAGCUUAUAGAAAAAAAAAUGAAAAACAUUUGAAUGAAAAAAAAUUGGAUCAUCUGAUUCAAGUUAUAUGUGAGAGGCUAGUAACGAAAGAAUCCUCCUUAAAUAUAAGGGAUAAAUUGCUUUACUUUAGUUGUAUCGACUCCAAGAGUAACGCAGAGAGGAUUACCUUGACUAGAGAUCAUGGAAAGGGUGAACCGAAUCUCAUUAGAAAAAGUGGUUGGGACAUUAAUGCAAGAUGUAGACGAGGAAAUACGAACAAAGAAUCUUUCCAUUGGAUGUGUCAUAAAAAUAUGUUUAACUAUUAUUGCAGAAUUUUGAAAAAGAGAAAAAAUAGCUGUCUUAAUGAUAAUGAGAUAGACGAAGAUGUCACCACAUUUUUUGAAAAAAAGCUAAACAGAUUCAUAUUAAGCACCAUUUCGAUGUACCUUCUAAAUGUAUCCUACCUGAAUAGUAAAGUAACUAUUAGAACAAAUAGUUUACAUCUCUUACUUAUUUUCAUGCUAAAGUAUAUAAAAUAUAAAAGCCAAAAGCGCAUGUCAGUAGUACAUGUUUGUAAGUAUGUCGAAUUGUUAACAUCCAUAAUAAACACAGCAAAGAUAAAAAUUGAACUCAAUGACAGGGAUCCAGAAAAAGACAUUGACAUUUUGAAUAAACUCAAAAUGAUGAACAAGAAUGAAUAUCCUUUAGACAGUUCUUCCUUCACUAACAUGUGCAGAAGGAAAGUAGAAGGAAAAAGCAAUACCGAACUAGCCAUCGAUUUGGGAAAUAAUUUAACGUACAACAAUGCCCAUUUUUAUCACUAUUUUAAUAUAUACGAUUUUGAGUAUAAGAUGAAAGGGAAUACAGAAGGAAAGAAUAUUUCCAAUAAGAAUGAGAAAAUCAUCGAAAAUGAGGAAGAUGAGUCUCCAUCGUGUAUGCUGACCCAGUGGGGAAAUGUAAAUGACUCUUCUAAUGAAUCAGAAAUAAAAAAUAUGAUAACUUAUCAAAUCGUUUUUAUGAUAUACUUAACAAAUAACGCUCUAGUUUGUUCUCUUAAAAAAUUGUUAAAAAAUUAUAAAAAAGGAAUUGGAAAUAAGCAUUUUCGAACAUUUGUAGAAAGAGAAAUAUUGCAUAUAAUAAUUAAUUACAUGUUCAAUUGUUUACCUUAUAAUAUUUUUUGUAAAACGUUAUUUGAAAAUUUAGAGGAAGUAUUUAUCCAGGUUUGUAAUCUCAAUACGAAUUCGCUAACGGCCACAAUGUCUCCAUCAAGCUUGUCUCAGUUUGUUCACCUUAUGAGCAUACAGUACAAUAAAGUUAAUAUAAAUGAUAAGAAUAGUUCAUUACUUUUGAAUAAUUGUUUAAAGGAAUUAUUCUUAGAUGAAUGUAAAUCGUUAGGGAAAAAAGACAAAAUAUUAUUGUACAUUAGUAUAUCGAAACUUUUAUUUUUGAAGAAAAAAAAGGAUUAUUUAGAAAAAUUAAACUGUAUUUUAUUCCCCGAAUUGGUAAAUUUUACUUACCGAGAUUUGUUCAGUUUGACAUAUUCGAUAUAUUGUUCGAACUUUUGCGAUUUGGCUUUUUUUGAAUCCUUACUAAGAAAUAUUCACAAAUUGAAACACAAAUAUUCUAGGCAAAAAAUGUGGACAAUUGUUUCCAUAUUUUAUCCGUUCAAUUUGAACAUAUCUAUAUUUAACUUGUUGAUUAGUUAUGCCAACCGACGCGGUAACGAGCAUAAGAAGAAAGAUGAAGAUGAACCAUUUGAAGAGCAGAAUAUGAACAACAAAGAAGCGAAAAAACUGGAGGAAGAUUUAGAAAACAAGGAGCGAAUCUUACAGGAGUUGGUUGCACAUAUUAAAGUGAAUAAUAAUGGAGAAAAAUUCACUUUCAGUGAGUCAGAUAUGCUGGAUUUCCAUUCUGAAGAUAACGAUUUAAAAUGCGAAGUGUUUGAAGAGGGAGACAUAAAGGAUGUCGAACAAACAAAAGACCACGAACAUGUACAAGGGGAGGAAAAAAAAGCGAUUAUAAAAAAAAAAAAUAAAAAUAAAAAAAAAAAAAAAAUGGGAUAG